GGUUAGAGCGGAAUGAGGUUGGAUUCACGAGAUAUCGCCGCUGAUUCUAUCAGCGAGAACCCAUGUAAGAGUCUACUUUUGACUUGUGCAAGAGCUUUGAGUGCAAUAUAAAUAUGCCUUCAGGCCCUCAUUUUGAAUGACACUGGUACAGCUCUUCUCUCGUUAGCUGAUUUCCAACAUACAAAUUUUGUUCUAAGAUCCCGGAUUUAAUCACAUACCAUGAUCGAGGCCAGUAGAAGUACACCCAAUCUUUACAGCGGUUUCAAAGCAGACCCAGAUAUUGAGUCUAGAUGGAAAACCACCAAAUCAGUUCGUGCUACAGAGGCAUCCUUACUGGAUCUCUUGGAAGGUCGAACUCCUAUCCUCCACGAGCCAGAGUUUCUUUCCAAGGAAGACUGCUCUAAGCUAACCGAAAUUUUGGAGCCAAGACUCACGCCAUAUCUUCAUGCUACUGGUCCAAAGUUGGCCAAAGUGGGUGUUGCUCAGUUUGAGUUUCAAGCACAAAGUGAGGAUGACUUGAAAAAUAGGUCUGGAAACGAGAAGCAGGAAUACUUCCAGGCUGUACGCGACCUGGGUGACCCACAUGGAAAUUUGGAAGCGGAAAUUGGCGUAAAUGCUUUCGCUAAGGUUUUUGAAUUUAUUAAAUCAAUUGCACCUGAAGACUGGGAGGUCAUGAUAGCCACGGAGGUAGUAGACGACGGGACACAAUCUUACUUCGCUGGCAUCUUCCGAGUAAUCAACAACGGAACACCAGUUCAUUGCGAUUGGGCACCUUAUGAUACCCGAACGGAAUCAUGGGCGAUUAGCCGAUUAACCCACCAACUUGCGGCAAAUCUUUGCAUAACUCCACCGCCCAUGAAUAGUGGUGGUACUACUGUUCAUGACUUGCAGUGGUCUCCCGAAGCAUUGAAAUUUCGUGACCCCGAUAGUUAUGGAUAUUUUCCGGGUCUUGUCGAGGGGCGUCAAAAGGUAGAUUUCCAACCUCGUAUUGGUGAUCUGUAUCUCUUCAACUCUCGCAAUAUGCACCAAGUUCAUCCUGUCUAUUCCGAGACAGGAACGCGCCGUUUGGCGAUGUCAAGCUUUCUUGGAGUUAUCCCGCCUCUGAACGAAGGUGAAAAGACGAAGUUGGUGUUUUGGGGUUAGAACUUAGAGGAUGGAGAUAUAAGAUUAUCAUGGUAUAGUUAAAGUUAUGAAGUUUGAUGGCAUUUUUGUAUUCAUGUGCAAUCAUCGACGUAGGAGCACUGGUGGAGGCUUAUAUAGAUGACUAAUGCAAUAUGAAAAUAUGGGUCUGAGGAUAAGGUUAAAAUCGGAUGAGCGUUUUUGAACUUAAAUCAAAUUCUGUCCGCCGGUGGAUAUCA